AUGUAUUAUGAGAAAACAUGCACUGACAGUGAGCAGGAGCUUGAAAAUCAUGGUGAGCGUUGCACAAGCUCAAACAGCCUGGGGACUGAACCUGUGUCUCCCUAUAGCACUCGAUGUGAGGAGCGGAUCAGAGAAAGGCCUGAUAUGGACAUGAAGGAUGACCACACAUUCAAUGUAAGGUACAUGGAUCAAUACAAAGCUGAGAUGAGGCACCGUAAAAACACAGCUGAUAUGUCGUUUAAAGACUCUGAACCUGGAAGCAUCAGUGCUAUUAAGGACAACUUCUCCCCACUCGUGGUCCAGACCGAAAGCCCUUCACACUUAAAGUCAGGUCAUUUACAAAGCUUGGCACUGACUGGCCUCCACAGCCAACAGUUCUUUAACACUCUAAACACCGGAUCACCACUUUUGUUUCACCCUGGGCAGUUUGCCAUGACCCAUGGAGCCCUUUCUGCUAUGGGAAUGGGUCAUUUAUUGGCCUCUGUAUCUGGAGCAAAUAGUUUGGAAAAUAGCCACCUUUCUUCUCAAGAAGCAGGAGGAACCACCAAUGCCUUCCCCUUCCAUUUGUCUCAGCAUGUCCUUGCCUCUCAGGGCAUCCCCAUGCCUCAGUUUGGAGGUUUCUUUCCCUAUCCCUACACCUAUAUGGCAGCAGCUGCAGCCUCAGCCAUCCCAGCAACCAACACUUCCAGCCCAUUCUCCAGAAACCCUUUUCUGGUCACAUCUCGACCAUGUCUCCGCUUCAACCCGUACCGGCUCCCAAUGUCUUUGUCUCAGAGUUCUAGCCUACUUACAACCAAUCUGCAAUGUAGCCUCAACCCAGGCUCUAAAUCAUGCAGUCGGGAGACCAGCCCAGUACACAACAGCCACAACAAGAAUGGUGGAUCCUACGGGAGGGUCAAGUCUCCCAAAAGGAAAGACUCUCUGAAUGAAAUUCAGAAUAUUCAGAAACUUUUGAGUGGCCUGGAGGGCCAUCCAUCCCCAGCAGAACAUUCUCCAGAGUGAUAUACGACUCAGUAUGUCAUGGCUUGGCUUGCAGAUGCGAGGACUAUUCUGUUAUUUUUAGCACACUACAACAACUAAGGUGAUGUUUUGAUUAAGAAUUGCUAUUGAAACAAUUCUACAUUAGUAAAAAGCCCAACACCAAAGCUGUGAUAUAGAAUGGAAAAACUUAUAACAAACCACGACCUCCCAAUUUUCAUCCUCAGACUGAAUCUUCCUGACGGGUAACAUAAACCUACAUAGUAUGUUUAGGGUGGCGGGGGGUUAUUUGGGAAAGUGGCCUCAUAGUAUAAAACAAAAACAUCAACAAAACUAGACCAGUUUGAGGCUGUGAUCUAUUAAUUGCAUUCAUGGGGAAUUUUAUUCAAGAGAAAUGGAUUUCUGAUCAAUUUAUGUAAUGUGAAGCUAAAUAAAUCUGUAAAUAAUUAUAUGCAAUUGGUAUUAAAUUAUUUAAGUGUGUGUACUAGUGUGUAUAUAUUUUGAAUAUCACACUUUGCUAUCUAACCCACUCCAUUACAUAAAGGCUCGUCAACAAUUUAAACGUGUUUUGAGUCACUGAUUGUGGGACAUGUGUGCCAUAUUUGGUCUACGGUAUAUCCAGCAAUAUUUUCAGAGCAGCGGAGAAAACGGUUCAUGUGAUUUAAAACACCUCAGGUUACUUAACUUCAGUCAGGCUAUUGACUAUCAAAGCAAUCCCUUAUUUAAAGAUACGUCAGUUGAUGGAUUUAUUUAAUCAGUAAAUGUUUCUAGUCAUCCUGGUUGUCCGUAUUUUCUGAUUGUCUCACACUUUUUAAUAAAACUUCUGUGUUGAAAAU